AUGAGAGGCCUCUGGCUGCUGUUGGUGCUCGUGGCUGCGGCCACAGCUGAGAGGCGAUUUAUUGGAGAUCAGGUCAUCAGGGUCAAUGCAGAGUCUGAGGAACAGAUCCAACUUCUGCACGCUCUGGAGACUGAAGAGACGUGGGAGCUGGACUUCUGGCUUCACCCCGUCUCCACUGAGCUUCCUGUCGACAUCAGAGUGCCCAGCUCCCGUUUGAGUGCUGUGAAGGAGUACCUCAAUGCCCACAACAUCCCCUUCUCCGUCAUGAUUAGCAACCUCCAGGAGCGUCUCGAUGAGGAGAAAGCUGAGAUGCUGGAGAACAAGAUAAGGGAGCGCAGCACCAGGAGCUUCAACUUUGGAGCUUAUCAUCCUCUGGAGACGAUCUACAGCUGGAUGGACACCCUGGUGGCUCAGCACCCUAACCUGGUCACUAAAGUGGAGAUCGGAAAAUCCUAUGAGAACAGGCCCAUGUAUGUGCUCAAGUUCAGCACUGGAGGCAACAAGCGUCCUGCCAUCUGGAUCGACACUGGUAUCCACUCCAGAGAGUGGGUGUCUCAGGCUACCGGAGUGUGGACAGCCAACAAGAUCGCCACUGAUUAUGGUACCGACGCCUCCCUGACCUCUCUUCUGAAGAACAUGGACAUCUACAUGCUGCUCCUGGCCAACCCUGACGGAUAUGCUUACACUCACUCCGACAAUCGUAUGUGGCGUAAGACUCGCUCCAGGAACUCAGGCUCCAUGUGCCGUGGAGUCGAUCCCAACAGGAACUGGGACGCAGGCUUUGGUGGACCCGGUGCCAGUAAGAACCCCUGCUCUGAUUCCUACCACGGCCCCGCAGCUCACUCUGAGAUUGAGGUGAAGAACGUGGUGAACCUGAUCCGAAGCCACGGCAACUUCAAGUCCUUCAUUUCUGUCCACGCCUACUCCCAGCUGCUCAUGUACCCCUACGGCUAUACCUGCAGGGAUGUGCCCGAUCAACCCGAGCUGGACUCUGUUGGAAGAGCUGCAAUGGAGAAACUCACUUCCCUCUACGGCACCAGAUACAAGGUUGGAAGCAUCUGCAAAAUCAUCUAUCAAGCCAGUGGUGGCAGCAUUGACUGGUCCUACAACCUGGGCAUCAAGUACUCCUACGCCUUCGAGCUGAGGGACACUGGACGCUAUGGUUUCAUCCUCCCAGCCAAUCAGAUUAUCCCCACUGCCUCCGAGACGUGGCUUGGCCUCAAGCACCUCAUGGAGUACGUCCAUGAUCAUUCUUAUUGA